GCUGUAAAUCUUGCUACUUUCCACAAAAUUCAAAUUCAAAUCUGAAAGCACCCGCUCCAACGGUCACAUUUCAUUAGGGUUUCCUUAACGUCUCUUCUGAUAUCCUGUAUAAAUUUCAUUCAUCGUCGCAUCCUUGUCCGAAUGACAUAUCUUCGUAUUAUCUCUUUACGGCCGCUCCAAUCGUCCUCUUAACACCAACAUCCUUCCUCCAUCAGACAACAAGAUCUCCCUUCAUAGCAAUGGAUUUUCAUAGCCUCAGCAGGAGAGAGCUCCAAGCCCUCUGCAAGAAGAACAAGAUCGCAGCCAACAUGACCAAUGUCGCCAUGGCCGAUGCCCUCAAAGCUCUGCAAAUCGUUGAAGGACUAGAAGAUUUCACAAGACCCGACUCGGAGAAGGGCCUGGAAGUUCAAGAGAAGAUGGGAUUUGGAUCACCGGAGCCUCCCCGAACAUCAACCAGAAGAAAGCCUGUGAAAGGAGAUCCGGAAAGUGAGCAGCCAAUGACUCGCACUCGUUACAAAACCAGCAGGGGAGGCAGAGAAGCAGGGGAAGAGAAGGAGGUGCCGGAGACCCCAACUGCUUCAAGUACCCGGAGAAGAGGGGCUUCAACUCGGCGGAAAGCAGAGACCAGUGUGAAGGAGGAGAAUUUUGUGCAGCGAGUGCAUAGCACGCGGCGAUCUACAAGGCUGUUGGAGAAGAUGGCCGGGUUGAGUCCGAAGGAAAAGGGAAAAAUAGAUGUCAUAAAGAUCACAGAGUUAUCCGAAGAAGAAACAGAUGUGAAGAGCGUGUCUGUUACUGAUUUGAAGACAUCGUCAGAAGAGGGGUCAGAGAGGAUUGAUGAUUCUGAAAUUAUUUCAAAUCUAAAACUCAGUGCAUUAGCAGAGAUUGAAAGAGAUUGCAAAGAGGAAGCUCAAGAGAAUGAGAAGGGUAAUUAUAACGGGGUCAAUGUUCUGAAGGAAAAAGUGGAAGAUGUAAUAGAUGAUGAAGCUCAAUAUGAGAAUAAGGGAGCUGAGCUGCACACAAAAUCUGAAGCGUGCAAUAGACCUGAAGAAUGCCUUGUCAUUCCAGGUGUAGACUCGGAGAAGGCAGUAGAUGGUGAAGCAGUUCAAACCUCAGAUGAGAUUGGCCAUAGUGAAGUCUCUGCUACCAUGCCUGACACUGAGGAUUCAGAUGGGUUCCUAAUAUCUGAUAACAAGAAAGAAUUAGAUGCCAAUCAGGAUAUCGUUACAGGAGAUAUCCUCAGUUCAUCAAAUUUGACAGCCUUCAUUGAUCAGGACCAGAAUCCAGAAAUCCUAUGUCAAAAUAUGGUUAGUGAAGGCACUGACAUGAAUGUUCCAGAAGGUUGCUAUCUCGAAAUUGACAACGCUAUUGAAGGGAACUACAACUAUAAUGAUGCAGAAGCAGACAAAAAGGAUUUUACGGCUUCACCAUAUGAUGAUCCAUCAGAUGAUACUGAGCAGGUGUCUUGCAAAGAGAAACCGGAAAAUGGAAAAGAUGGAAUUCUAGACGUUGCUGGAGGUGAAAAUUUUAAAGAAGAAAUGAAUGAACUUGUCUGGGAGCCUAUUACUGCCUCCAAUGGCAACGCAUCAGAUGAAAAUCCAUCUGAAUUUCAAGAAAAUUAUAGUGAUGAUGCACAAAUAACUCAAAAGGAUUCAAGUUUUUCUCCAGAUACUUGGGAAGGCCUGGUGUCUCGUUUGGAGCAAGUGGACAGCGGAAAAGAAGAUGGAAUUCUAGACAUCAACGACUCUGAGAAUUAUGAAGAAGAUUCAUAUGAACCUCUCAUUGGGUUGUUUACUGCCACUGAGGUAUUUGCGGAUGGUCAACUGGCAGUUGACAAUGGAUCAAACUCUGAAAAUUCGAUGAACGAUGAGUCAGAAACACAAUUUGCAGUCGAUUUUUCCAGACAAGUCAUUGAAUUCAACAAUCUCAUGGCUCCCCGCCAUGGAGAACACCCGCUGCCUGAGGUAGAGAAUGGCAAUUCUGAAGAAUGGACCGGUGUUCAUUUUGUGGCAGAAGAACAUGCCAUGACAGCCAAUGAAUGCCAUCCGUUGUCGGAGGAGUUGCCAAAUGCACAAGAGCAAGUGAGUCCUAAUUGUCAGAAACUUUCUGAAGGUGAACUCAUGGGUAAAACUUUAUUUCACGAUCAGUCUCUAUCAUCAAAUUUGUGCCAGGUUUCAGAGAUAGGAACUGAGAAUCAUCCAAUGCUUGAUACCAGAAAUCAAACUCCCAGUGGGGUAAUCAUGGCUGACACCCCAUUCUCGACUUUGGCAUCCCAUUUGACGCUGAGGAAAUCAGUUAGCAAGACCCCAGUUUCAGUUCAAAGGAGUUUCCAUGUUUUGGAUGACAAUAAGGAGAACAUUGACAAUAGUGGGAGGAAAUCUUCAAGCAAGACACCAAUUCGAAGGAUGAACGAUGUUUUGGAUGUCAACAAGGAGAACAUCGACAAUAGUGGCAGGAAAUCUUCAAGCAAGGCACCUCAAAAGAUGAUCCAUGUUUUGGAUGGCAACAAGAUGAACAAUGUUUUGGAUGUCAACAAGGAGAACAUUGACAAUAGUGGCAGGAAAUCUUCGAGCAAGGCACCUCAAAAGAUGAUCCAUGUUUUGGAUAGCAAGGCACCUCAAAAGAUGAUCCAUGUUUUGGAUGGCAACAAGGAGAAUAUUGGCAAGAGUGGAAGGAAGAACGUAGAGCUUAAAAAGGAGAAAAAGAAGAAUAUCGAGGACAUGGCAGAAGAUGCAAUGCUGAAGGCACUGAAUGACACAAGCCUGAGGCAGCUGAGAAAGAUGUUCAAAGAAAAAUUGCAGAUUACUGUAAGCCACAGAACUGAAGAUGUAAAUGUCAAUAAGGCAGCAAAGACAAGGCUAGCUUUGAAGGCACUGCCAGAGAACCAUUUAGCCCGUGAACCAGAAGAGAAGAAUUGAACAUGCAUGGUAGACACUUGAUGCGUGAUUUGUUCUUUUAAUGCAAUUUUGGUGGUGAAAAAAGGGGGGGCGGGGGGUGGGGUGGGAUUCAAACCCUUGGUUUGCCUCCUUUUGGUUUCUGCUUCUUGUUACAACUUGGAAAAUAUCACGGUUAUGAUACUGAAAUAAUGGAGGCUCACCUAAAGUUUUUGUUGGUGGGAAUUGUGAUACUUGAUGUUUAAAGGAGGACUUUUCUUUCUAUGUGAUAAUGAUGUUAUGAAAAAUCUAAUCCAUAUCUGCAUGCAUUUGAUUAA